CUCUCUGCCCCACGUCAUAACACUAUAUUUUGUAAUCUCAAAGCCUCUGGGAAGCUGAACAGAACCUCCCCUAUCUUCUCUCUCUCUAAACCCAAACCCCAAGGAGGGACUUACAUAUAAAUAGAGCAACCUCAUUCCACUUAAUCACACCUCCAAACCAUCUCUCUCUCUCUAGAUCCGACUUUCUCUCUCUAGAUCUGACUUUCUCUCUCUAGAUCCCUAAGGCACAAAAAACUGCAGGGGAUCUAUCAGACAUGGCUCGCUGGUCAGCUGAAAAUGCCACAAAUGCCUACCUCCAUACUGUAAAAAUGUGCAAGGAGAGAGAGAAACAACCAGACGAAGCCGAGUUCAUCUCGGCCCUCGCAGCCGGGACCAACGCACAACUCAUGGUGGAGAUAUGCGCACCGGGCAAGGGCCCUGGUGCCACCACCUUCGCCUUACUAGCCGCUGCUCACCAAACCGGGGGCCGCGUGGUCUGCGUCCUAACCGAUGCCAUGGCCACACACUCAUCACCCGAGAUGGCGAUGCUGCAAGCUCAAGCGCCGCACCGUCUCGAGCUCGUGGUAGGCGACGGGUGCGCACUCUUGGUGGGUGCUUUGAGGGGCGCCGACUUCGUGGUUGGCGAUUGCAGAUGGGCGCCACACGAGAGCGUGGUGCGCACCGCCGAGGCUGGUGCGCGCGAGGGUGGGGUGGUUGUUUUUGGGCGCCACGCCUUCGAUGGGGAAGCGGGGCUGAGGCACCGUGGAGCCAUGAGGAGCGUGGCGUUACCAAUUGGUGGCGGAGUUGUGGUGACGAGGAUAAAGGAGGGGGUUAGAGAGAGAAAGAGGAGUAAGUGGGUUGUGAGGGUGGAUAAGUUCACAGGGGAAGAGCACGUUUACAGGGUACCUGUUGGUGGGGCUUAAACAAUGGGAAUAUAUAUAUAUAUAUAU